UUUAAAGUUGUCGUGUCUUCUUGAAAUUAUUUGUCUUUCUCUUUCUAAUAAGUAAUUAACAUUUUCUCUUCUUCUUCUUCACUCGAUCUCCUUUUCUACUUCUCUAGCAGAAAAAUGAAACUGAAAUCAGUGUAUUUUUUAGGAGAAGCUGCAGAAAUUGCUGAAUUCAACACCCAUUUAACUCCACCAAUGCCUGCCGCCGGAAGAGUUGCGCCGCCCCCGGGUGCAGCUGCAAAAUGCGAUGGCGAUGCUCAUAAUUGUCCGUGGUGGCCGUAUACAAGUUCCAAGGAUUUCAAAGCGAACACUGUCGUGAUAUUAAUGGUACUUAUCAUUGCUUUGAUCUGCGCUUUAUCUUUCAAUGCUGCUAUUCGGUAUAUCAUACGCAUGCACUGCUGCCGAAGGAGGCGAGACUCUCAGCAGUCAUCAGAGGAGAACCAGGAUGUGGAAAUGGCGAGGCCAAAGACGGUUCUCGGCUCUGGUAUGGCCGAGACGGAGAUGGAAAUCACGGCCGAGGUGUAUUCAGCGGGGAUGAAGCUGGCGGGAGAAGAGGCGGAGUGUACGAUCUGCUUAUCGGAAUUUGCAGAUGGGGAGAAAAUUAGGGUUCUGGAGAAGUGCAGCCAUGGCUUCCAUUUGCACUGUAUACAACAAUGGCUGGCUGCACAAACCUCUUGUCCCACGUGCAGAGCGAGUUGUAAUCUUUGAAUUAUUGCCCCAUUUCUGGUUGUAAUAUCACUUUUCUUUAAGUAACUAUUAAUCUGAGAUAAUAUUUGAAGGGUUAAA